GGCAUACGAGCCGGUCGGUUGCUGAAAUUUCGCGGAACAUGAGAGCCUCGCUCGGAACGAUAAUCUUGGCGACGUGUUUGGCCGCCUGCAUAGCGAUCUGUCGUCCUGGAUUGAACGGACGGGAAGAUUGGUACCACUGCGAGGGAUUAAGCGAUUUAAACCAGUUGCAGAUACCAGUGGGGGCAGCCGGGAUCGAUAUCGUCAACUCGAGCAUCAGUAAGAUAAGGACUGGCGCGUUCUCCGAGUAUUCCGACUCGCUGACAGAGCUGAACAUAACCGGAUGCGGCGUGGAGGAGAUCGAGCCGGACGCUUUCACGGGUCUUAAUAAAUUGCGAGUGUUGGGCCUGGUGAACAAUAAGAUCCGGAAGAUCGAUGCCUCCUGGAUCAGGGGAUUAUCGAGUUUGAAGGCGUUAAUCCUGUGGCGUAAUCGGAUCGUCGAUAUAGAUCCGGCGAUUUACGAUCUGCUGCCAGAGCUGCGGGUUUGGGAUAUCGCGUACAACGAGCUGAACACGUGCCUGUCGCCGGACUUGCUGAGGAAGCUGAAGAACCUCCGAAGAAUCUUAAUUGCUGGCAAUCCGUGGUCAUACAGAUGUCGCUCCUCGAUGACUUGGUACUUGGGCAGCAAUCACAUUCGUUUCAUCAAAGAUUGGAGCAUCAGCGACCUGUUAAUAGAGGAGUGCUUGGCUCAUGAGCCUGGCGCGGAAGAAGACGACGUCGCUUUGCACAAAUGCGUCGACAGAAGAAUCGGGUCGGCCGAUACGUUGCCGUACAGCGUGGGCGAGUUGAACGAACAAGUUCGCGAACUUACUCGGAAGAUUUCUGGCUUGCAAGCUGACGUAGCCGCGCUGAAAAAAUCGAAGAUCUAAUCGUAACUCGAUUACUUAACGAUUGUACUUGUCUGUAGAGUUUUAUUAUUUGAGCGAAAAUUGGAGAGAGUAGUAGAUGAGCUCGACGGGUUUUUGCUCUUUUAGACAUAUAAUAGAGCUUCACUGCUAUUAUAUUAUGAUUAAUAAUCGUGUAAAUUAGGUACGUAUUUUGUACGUAUGUUGUAAUAUAAGACCGAUAUUGUACUCAACCAAUCUCGUACACACUGUUUCGUAUUAAGCAUCGAUAAAACAACAUUUGAUACACAGUGUAGCAGAUUCGCAAGAAGCACUAUCUACACGACGAACGCUAUGUAUCUGUGUCCAAAGUUGAACAGUUUCCCCAUAUUAAUACAUCCUUCGGUACAAAAGAUUCCCGGUCACGUAUCACCGGUCCAUUAAUAACACGAUCCCAUCGAGCGAAUUGAUCGCGACGGACACUGCUUGCGGUGCAGUCUACGUCCACGUAGCUCAUCGCCCUCACUGUUUCAUCCUCCAUUUCCCGGCGAAAAAGUGCUCGGUUGAAACGAGCAGUUCCCAGGUCUUUGGGAAACAUCGGCGGUGCGUAUCGCUCGCGGAACCGUUAAUAUCUAAACACGUAAAUCACAAUGGCACGUCAUACGCGCGAACCGCGUUAAAUCACGAUGCGUCUAGUAGCUGAUCCACGGAUCUCUCCGCCGAUUCUCUCCGCGGUGGGACAAGAACAUUCCGACUCCGGUUAGCCGCCAUUCAUCACACGGCGGCGGCGGCGGCGGCGGUGGCUCGGUUGAGAGAGAAAAAAAGGACAAAAAAAAAAAA